AUGACGGUGGCGCAUUCUCACCGGUUCUCGACGGCGCUUAACCCCAUUAACAUAAGCUUGCUCUCGAAACAACUGAUUCAGCUUGGACGGAUCAACAAUGCCGAUACCUUUUCCGAAAUCAGUCGUCAAAAAGAAGUUCUAGUGUCAUCGCUCAUCUCUAAGCUCGACGUCUGCACCGGUCUCGACCAAAUCAAGCAAGUUCACGGUCAUAUUAUCCGUCAAGGACUCGAUCAAAGCUGCUACAUCAUCGCCAAGCUAAUCCGCACGCUCACCAAGCUCGGCGUCCCCAUGGAUCCGUACCCUCGCCGUGUGAUGGAGUCUGUUCAGUUUCGGAACCCAUUUCUAUGGACCGCAGUGAUUCGUGGCUACGCGAUUCAAGGUAAAUUGUUAGAAGCAAUCUCUAUGUAUGGAUGUAUGAGGAAAGAAGGGAUCACUCCUGUUUCUUUCACUUUCUCUGCUCUAUUGAAAGCUUGUGGAUUUGUGAGAGAUUUGAAUCUGGGUAGGCAGUUUCACGCGCAGACGUUUAGGCUUAGAGGGUUUUGUUUCGUUUACGUUGGCAACACCAUGAUCGACAUGUAUGUGAAGUGCGGGUCUAUCGAUUGUGCGCGUAAGGUGUUCGACGAAAUGCCUGAGAGAGAUGUGAUAUCGUGGACAGAGCUUAUAGCAGCGUAUGCGAGAGCUGGGAAUAUGGAAUCUGCUUCUGAACUGUUUGAGAGCUUGCCUACAAAGGACAUGGUGGCUUGGACCGCCAUGGUUACAGGAUUCGCGCAAAACGCGAAGCCUCAGGAAGCUUUAGAGUACUUUGAUAGAAUGGAGAAAUCUGGAAUCCGAGCUGAUGAAGUGACCGUAGCUGGAUUCAUAUCAGCUUGUGCACAGCUUGGAGCAAGCAAAUACGCUGAUCGGGCUGUUGAAAUCGCUCGGAAAUGUGGGUAUUCUCCUAGAGAUCAUGUUGUUAUCGGGUCUGCGUUGAUAGACAUGUACUCGAAAUGUGGAAAUGUAGAAGAGGCACUACACGUGUUUGAGUCGAUGAACAACAAGAACGUGUUUUCUUACAGUUCGAUGAUCCUUGGUCUGGCUAUGCACGGACGUGCACAAGAGGCUUUAGAUCUGUUCAAUUACAUGGUAACGCAUACCACAGUUAAACCAAACACGGUUACAUUUGUCGGCGUGCUUACAGCUUGCAGCCACGCGGGUCUUGUGGACCAAGGACGUCAAAUAUUCGCUUCUAUGCAUCAAACAUUCGGCGUUAAACCAACGAGUGAUCACUAUACUUGUAUGGUCGAUCUUCUAGGCCGUGCAGGACGGUUACAAGAAGCACUUGAAGUGAUCAAAACCAUGUCUGUUGAGCCACACGGAGGUGUGUGGGGUGCAUUGCUUGGUGCCUGCAGGAUCCACAAGGAUCCAGACGUUGCAGAGAUUGCUGCGAAACAUUUGUUUGAAUUGGAACCAGAUAUUAUCGGAAACUAUAUCUUGCUCUCUAACGUCUACGCUUCAGCUGGAGACUGGGACGGUGUUUUAAGUGUGCGGAAACUGAUUAAAAGAAAGGGUUUGAAGAAGACACCAGCGGUUAGUUGGGUUGUAGAUAACAGAGGUAAGAUGCACAAGUUUUUCCCGGGAUACAUGAACCAUCCGAUGUUGAAUAAGAUUGAAGACACGUUAGAAGAGCUUGUACAGAGAUUAACGGUGUUAGGGUAUCAACCAGAUUUAAGCUCUGUACCUUACAACGUGAGUGACGAUGAGAAGAGGUCGAUACUGAUUCGGCACACCGAGAAGCUGGCUUUAGCGUUCUCUUUGUUAACUACGAGCAGAGAUUCUUCGAUAAAGAUAAUGAAGAAUUUGAGGAUGUGCCAAGAUUGUCACACGUUUAUGCGUUUGGCGUCGGAGGUUACAGGGAGGGUGAUUAUAAUGAGGGAUAAUAUGAGGUUCCACCAUUUUAGGAGUGGAGCUUGUUCAUGUGGUGAUUUUUGGUGAGAAUCGAUUUUGCGGACGAGGAAGAUGAAGAGUUGCCACCACCUAUGACACUUGAUGAGGUUGUAAGGAGGAGUUAAGUAUCAGCGAUGGAAGUAGAUGAAAUUGUUGAGCCCUGGACGAAAUGGAAAUGGACGAAGAAAGUUAAGCUUGUUAUAUCACCAAUUGCGAGUUAAUGAAUUUCGCUUAUUGAUCCUUAGUUCAAAGAGCAAAAGUGAUCGUAUGUCUGCUAAGAUUCGUGAGACCAGACCACUGUUGCACAAACAUAGUCGGACUGUCCCGUCUGCGUCUGGAUCUCUUUGGAACAACCGAAGAAGAAGUCUCAAAUGCUGGUAAAGCAGAAAUUGAGAAGAAGAAAAUUGAGCAACCGAAGCAAGUAAUAUGGGAUGGUCACACAGGAAGUAUCGGGUCACACAGCAAACCAAGACUGGACUCAGAACGCUAAUGGAGAGGAGCAAGGCGAUGGCGUUUAUGGAGAUCCCAAUAGCUUCCCCUGAUCCAGCUGCUUUUUCUCCUCCUUGACCAGAUUUGAAGGAGCACUUGUGAUCAUCAUCGUCUUCCUUGGACGCUUCCUGGAUAUGGAUUCAUAGUCACCCUCAUCUCUGUCUUUGGAGGCUUCUGCAG